GGGCCAGCCGUCGCCCCGCCCACGCACCCACGUGACCCGGAAGCGCUCCCCGCUCGGCGUCCCCGGAACGCCCGCUCCCGGCGGCGCGCACUCGUGCCCGCGCGUGUUCGGACGCGACCAUGUGCUCGCUGGCGGCGGGCCCGGGUGGGCGAGGCCGCGGCGAGCAGGAGCCGGAGCCCCCGGAGCUGUCGGACAGCGGCGACGAGGCGGGCUGGGAGGACGCGGACGCAGAGCCCACGCACGACCGGCGGCACACGCCCUGCCUGUUCUGCGACAGGUUAUUCACAUCUGCUGAAGAAACAUUUUCACACUGUAAGUUGGAGCAUCAGUUCAGUAUUGAUACCAUGGUCCAUAAGCAUGGACUUGAAUUUUACGGAUACAUUAAACUAAUAAAUUUUAUUAGACUUAAGUUCCCACUUGUUACAUGUAAUGAGAAAAUGUGCCAUGAACUUCCCGCCCAGAACCCUACAGUUGAAUAUAUGAACUCCAUGUCCAGCCCGGUGCCUUGGGAGAGGGAAGAACACUUGAAGCCUGUGUUAGAAGAUGACCUUUUACUUCAGUUUGAUGUAGAAGACCUGUAUGAGCCGGUGUCUGCCCCCUUCUCAUACCCCAAUGGGGUCAGCGAAAAUACGUCUGUGGUUGAGAAGCUGAAACGCAUGGAGGAGCGGGCGCUGUCUGCUGAGGCUGCCUUGGCCAGAGCUCGGGAGGAUCUGCAGAGGAUGAGACAAUUUGCUCAAGACUUUGUGAUGAACACAGAUGUCAGAACAUCUACGCCUGCCAUUGCCGACCUGGAGGAUGAAGAUGGCGUCUACUUCAGCUCCUAUGGGCAUUAUGGGAUACACGAGGAGAUGCUGAAGAGACUAUUCUGUUUAACGGAAGCUCAAGGACUAGACGUGCCCCAGGACAAAGUACGCACCGAAAGCUACAGAGAUUUUAUAUACCAAAACCCGCACAUCUUCAAAGAUAAGGUGGUUUUGGAUGUUGGGUGUGGAACUGGAAUCCUCUCAAUGUUCGCCGCUAAAGCGGGGGCAAAGAAAGUCCUUGGAGUCGAUCAGUCCGAAAUCCUUUACCAGGCAAUGGAUAUCAUAAGACUGAAUAGACUUGAAGAUACUGUUACACUAAUUAAAGGAAAGAUUGAAGAAGUUCGUCUUCCUGUAGAAAAAGUGGACGUCAUUAUAUCUGAGUGGAUGGGUUAUUUUCUCCUUUUCGAGUCUAUGUUAGACUCUGUCCUUUAUGCAAAGAACAAGUACUUGGGAAAAGGAGGAUCGGUCUAUCCUGACAUUUGCACGAUCAGCCUCGUGGCAGUAAGUGAUGUGAGCAAGCACGCGGAUAGAAUUGCCUUCUGGGAUGACGUCUAUGGCUUCAACAUGUCCUGCAUGAAGAAAGCAGUUAUUCCAGAAGCUGUUGUGGAAGUUUUAGAUCCGAAGACUCUUGUUUCCGACCCUUGUGGUGUCAAGCACAUAGACUGCCAUACCACCUCCAUCUCAGACUUGGAAUUUGCUUCAGAUUUUACCCUGAAAAUCACGAAGACGGCCGUAUGCACGGCAGUUGCUGGCUAUUUUGAUAUAUAUUUUGAGAAGAAUUGCCACAACAGGGUCGUGUUCUCUACGGGCCCCCAGAGUACCCAAACCCACUGGAAACAAACCGUGUUUCUGCUGGAAAAGCCGUUUGCAGUUAAAGCAGGUGAAGCCUUGAAAGGAAAGAUCACAGUUCACAAGAACAAGAAAGAUCCCCGUUCCCUCACUGUGAGCCUCACCUUGAACAGCUCGACUCAGACUUACAGUCUCCAGUGACCAGUGUUGUCUCCAGCCCCCAGGAAGCCUCAAGCACACCUGACUUGCUGUUUUUGCCGUGGGGUAGGGCAGAUGUCACUGAAGGCAGCCCCUCCCCUGCUAGACUGAGAAUCAUUUAAACUGACUUACUUUUAGAACAGUAAUAGUCUCCUUUUUUUAUUAUCAGUUUCCUACUAUAAAUUUUGAGCAGCAGUUCAUUUGGGGGAAUUUGUUUUAACUGGUAGCACAGAGGGUUUUAUUGGGGAUUUCUUUUCUGGCGAGGAGUAAGGUUAGACUCUUUGCUACAGUGUCAGGUGUCUGAAACUCGAGAGCCAGGGAAGGAGCAAAAGUGUCAGCCUCUGUGGAUGCUGUUUGCAGAGUCGCCCGGCCGCUGCCCGCAGUUCUCAGUCUGCUCAGCUCUUAGCUGUAGACCUAGUGGUGCUUGGGAAAUCAGACUUGCGUACACUUGCCCAGCUUUCACAUAUGUCUGAAGAAUGGGGUGAGUGUGUGCCUGUCUACUGAUGCACCACCUUUGUCAAGCGAGGUUUCUGUGCCAAGGUCACACAUGUAUCUGAUAAUAUAUCACAAUAAAAUCUGUUAUUUACAGUUAGGGUGAGAGACCGAAAGAAAACUAUUCAAUAAAAAUGUCUGAGACAGCAUUA